CAAUACGUUCAACUUCAAUUCCUUUUACUUUUACACCAGCGUUUCUGUUACUCUACUCUAUUGAACCCAGAUUCCUCAAAUAAUGCUUCCACGUGAAACUGCUUUCUCUCACCUGUCUCUUUCUUCAACGCUUUCAACUUACGAGUCUAAGACCCUGGCGGGUUCUGCUAUUUUUCGCCGCUAAACCCUGAGUUGUUUUCUCAUUGUUUAUAGUUGCAGCUAUAGAGAGCUCGGGUCUUUGCACAUUGCUGUUGGUGUGGAUACAACAUGCUUUGGAUGCUUAAUGCUGGCAAUGAAGCGGUUAAGACUUUUGUUUUGAGAUUUGUGACACUGACCCUUUGCUUCUCAAAUGGGUGCUUGAAUAGCUUGGUGCACGUGCAGCUUUUUGAUACCUGAAUAUGCUUGAAAUCAAGUUUGUCCUUUUGUUCAUUGGAGAACGAACGCAUCAGGUGCUGUUGACAGUCAAUGACCUGAAAGGUGUUUGAUGUUUUGUUCUUGCCUGUUCAAUGGCUAGCCUUUACAAGAAAUCGCGCUUGAAAGAUUCAGCCAUGCGGCGUUUCAUAUCUGUAUUUCUAGUUACCUUUUCUGGGGUUCUAUUAUUGAUAUAUCCACUUCGAAUAAAUCCAAAAGUAAGGUUUACUACUCCUGGGAAUGAAGUAGAUGAAGAUUUGGAAAUAAGCUUCAAUUUCUCACAACUUAGCCUUCCUAAGCAGAAUGAAUUGUCAAUUCAGUUGGAAAGGAGAAACCUUUUACCACCAAGAAACAUUGAUUCGUAUCCGCAUUUAGGGAAAGAUCAUAUUGUUAUUGUUUUAUAUGUACAUAAUCGGCCGCAGUAUCUUCAAGUGGUUGUUCAGAGCUUGGCCAAUGUAGUGGGGAUAAGCGAAACUCUAUUGAUCGUUAGUCAUGAUGGAUACUUCGAAAAUAUGAAUAAGAUAGUGGAAGGUAUCAAGUUUUGCCGGGUCAAACAGAUUUUUUCCCCCUACUCACCUCAUGUCUUCCAGGAUAGUUUUCCAGGGGUAUCACCCGAUGAUUGUAAAGAUAAGGAUGAUGCAUCAAUGAAACACUGUCAAGGAAACCCUGAUCAGUAUGGAAAUCAUCGGUCCCCAAAGAUAGUUUCGUUGAAGCAUCAUUGGUGGUGGAUGAUGAACACAGUGUGGGAUGGUUUGGAGGAAACCAAGGGGCACAAAGGACAUAUUCUCUUCAUAGAGGAAGAUCACUUCAUCUUCCCCAAUGCCUAUCGCAAUUUACAGAUACUUACGGCACUGAAGCCUCAGAAAUGCCCUGAAUGCUAUGCUGUGAAUUUAGCACCUUGUGAUGUGAAUUCAAGAGGAGAAGGAUGGGAAAGUCUGAUUGCUGAGAGAAUGGGAAAUGUGGGUUAUUCCUUUAACCGGAGUAUUUGGAGAAAAAUACAUAAGAAAGCGAGAGACUUUUGUUUCUUUGACGAGUAUAAUUGGGACAUAACUAUGUGGGCAACUGUUUAUCCUUCAUUUGGAAGUCCUGUGUAUACGAUACGGGGGCCUAGGACUAGUGCAGUUCAUUUUGGUAAGUGUGGUUUGCAUCACAGCCAACGGAAGAAAGGUGCUUGUAUUGCUAACGGUGUUUUGGAUACUGCAAUGGAAGAAAUGGAUAAAGUUGCCAACAUCAAUGAAAAAUGGGAAGUACACAUCGAUCAACGUAAGUCAGGGUAUAAAGCUGGCUUCAAGGGCUGGGGAGGCUGGGGGGACGACAGAGAUCAUCACUUGUGCUUGACUUUUUCUCGGAUGUAUCACUUGUAG